GCGAGGUCUCGUCAAAACUGCUUUGUUACUCCAACGCGUUCUUCUUUUGUCCUAAACUGUCAGGAUACACAAACGCUAAUAAAUUUAAUAAUCUGCCUUAGGUAUAGAAUAAAUAGAUAGUUAACAAGCGGUUGAAGGCAACUGUUGGAGGAAAAAAAAUAGCGAACAAGGCCGUUUCUAUGGCUGGGGUGAAGCGCGGCGCGCUGCUUAUGCGCGUGCCCGAGUGCGAGCUCUCGAGGGACUUGGUGUCGCGGCUGCGUCGCGAGUCGCCGCUCCCGCAACUCGCCGCCAUCAGGAAAUUCCGCCGCGCUCUCGACGGCCGCUACGUGGACAGCGAGGACUGGAGCGAGGGUGUGAGGAGGAGGCAGAUGGUGAACGCGAAGGAGCGCCUCCGCAUCAGGAACUUAAACUCUAUGUUCUCCUGCCUGAAGCGCAUGGUGCCCCUGAUGCGGCGGGACCGCAAGCCCAGCAAGGUGGACAUCCUAAAGGCUGCCACCGAAUACAUCCGCCUGCUUCUGGCCGUGCUGCACGACACAUCUGACACCAUAUUGAAUUCUGUGCCAGGAACAGAGCUGGCAGAAGGAGUUACCGUGUCUGUUCCCGUGGUGACUACAGGAGUCGUCGGGGAGGAUGAGGGAGACGUGGGCGGGUUGUUGUUCCAUCAAUGCGUAAUGCCAACGUACCAGUAUAUCAUCCAGCUGACUCCUGAACAGGCCAUGAUGUUCCAGUCCUGUUAAAGAUGGUGGGUCAUGAUAAAUGAAAAUCCAUGAGAGGCACAAAGUAUAUUUUCACUUCAUCAUAAAAUUCACUGGAGAUAUGUGCACUAGAGUCAGAACUUCAGAAAACCCUUUUUAUUUCAUAUAUACAAAGAAGCCAUUGAUUGGUCUAUAAAGUCAAGAUGUGGAGAGGGGGAAAAAAAAAAAUCCCAUUUAAUACCAAUGAACUACAUACAUUAGUUGUAAGUUUUUGACACAACUGCCUCUUCAAGUAUGAAUGCAACAGGCAUCAUAAGAGGUGACUGUAGAUGACCUUAUAUUUGUUCAAUGGCUGAGAUUCUGCUACUGAGAAUCUUGUUUUUAUUUCUAAACU